AUGAGUGGCGGAUUAGCACCAAGUAAAUCAACAGUUUAUAUAUCUAAUCUACCAUUUUCACUGACCAACAAUGACAUCCAUCAACUUUUGGAGUCCCAUGUCGCGUUUGUGUUAUUUCUCAACCGUGAAGAUGCUACUAAUUGCGCUAAAAAUUUAAACAACACUCAGAUCGGAGGACGUACUGUAAAGUGCUCCAUAGCGGUCGACAAUGGUCGCAGCACGGAGUUUAUCAGGCGUCGGGACUACCCUGAUAAAUCCAAGUGUUGGGAAUGUGGGGAAUCUGGUCACUUAUCUUAUUCGUGUGAACAAAAUACUUUGGGAGCUAGAGAACCUCCUCCCAAGAAGAUUAAACGUAAGAAAAAUAAAGAUUCCUUGACCAAUAAUUCCGAGUACUACGAGUCUGACGAAGACGAUGAGUCACAUCCGAGACCAGCGAGACCUCCUCAGGAUAUUUAUAGUUUUAAUGAUUACAAAGAAGAGCCGGAUGUCGAGAGCUUAAGCGCGGCUAUCAGACAUGAACAAGAGCAAAUCGAGCUCGAGAAAUAUCGGUACAAGGUAGCAACAGGUGAGUACAACAGUGACCCUGAAAAAGAGAGUGAAGUUAAGCCUAAAUUGAAAAGGAUUAAAAAAAAUAAUUACUUCAGUGAUGAAGAGGAAGAAUUGAGUGAUUAG